AUGGGCAAAUCCGCUAAAUUUACAAAGCGUAUUUCAAAAGAUAUCCUAGCUCCAAAAUCUAAUUCAUCAUCGAAAUCAUCAUCGAAAAUUAAAAAGAAACAAAGUAAAAGAAAAGUUCGAGCUGCGAUUGCGAAACGUCAACAAGAUGGUGUUGUUAAUAAUGAUAGAGAUUAUGUAGAUAUUUUUGUAGGAAAAUCAACAUAUAAGGCUUUUAACUGA